UUUGUGAACAGCCAGGAAUGGACCCUGAGUCGCUCGGUGCCUGAGCUGAAGGUGGGCAUCGUGGGGAACCUGUCCAGCGGCAAGUCGGCCCUUGUGCACCGCUACCUGACCGGCACCUACGUGCAGGAGGAGUCUCCCGAGGGUGGCCGAUUUAAGAAGGAGAUCGUGGUGGAUGGUCAGAGUUACUUGCUGCUGAUUCGAGAUGAAGGGGGUCCCCCCGAACUCCAGUUUGCUGCCUGGGGCGAUGCUGUGGUGUUUGUCUUCAGCCUGGAGGACGAGAUCAGCUUCCAGACAGUCUACAACUACUCCCUGCGGCUCUGCAGCUACCGGAACACAGCGGAGGUGCCGAUGGUGCUGGUGGGCACGCAGGAUGCCAUCAGCGCCACGAACCCCCGGGUCAUUGAUGAUUCUCGGGCACGGAAGCUUUCCAAUGAUUUGAAGCGCUGCACGUACUACGAGACCUGUGCCACCUACGGACUGAACGUGGAGAGAGUCUUCCAGGACGUGGCUCAGAAGGUGGUGGCUCUGCGGAAGAAACAGCAGCUUUCCAUCGGUCCCUGCAAGUCCCUGCCCAAUUCACCCAGCCAUUCGUCCGUCUCGGCGGCCUCCAUUCCUUCCGUUCACAUCAACCAGGCCACCAACGGUGGGGGAGCCUUCAGUGACUACUCCUCCUCUGUGCCCUCCACACCGAGCAUCAGCCAGCGGGAGCUGCGGAUCGAGACCAUUGCUGCCUCCAACACACCCACCCCCAUCCGCAAGCAGUCAAAGCGGCGCUCCAACAUAUUCACGUCUCGAAAGGGCGCGGACCCGGAGCGGGAGAAGAAGGUGCCGGAGUGUAAAGCGGACAGUAUCGGCAGCGGGCGGGCCAUUCCCAUGAAGCAGGGCAUUCUCCUGAAGCGCAGUGGCAAGUCUCUCAACAAAGAGUGGAAGAAGAAGUAUGUGACGCUGUGUGACAACGGAGUCCUCACGUACCAUCCCAGCCUGCAUGAUUACAUGCAGAACGUCCACGGGAAGGAAAUCGAUCUGCUGAGAACUACAGUGAAGGUACCGGGCAAGCGGCUACCCAGGGCGACAACGGCAGCAGCCCCCAGCGCCAGCCCCAAAGCCAACGGGCUUGCGAAGGAGCGGAGCAGCACGCAGCUGACGGGAGGCACAGGUGCUCCCCACUCGACCAGCAGCACCUCCCUGCACUCGGAGCGCUCCAUCAGCGGCAUCAACCUGGUGGGCUUCAGCUCAAAGCCAGACGGCAUGCACCAGCGCUCCUACUCCGUCUCCAGCGCGGACCAGUGGAACGAGGCUGUGGCUAUUCCCGGCAGCUGCCCCAACCCCUCUAACGGUACUGCCGAUUCUCUCAGCUCCAGCCCAAACAUUUCCAGUGCUGCCAGCCCAAAGCUUGAGCCGCCUCCAUCGCCGCACGCAAACAGGAAGAAGCAUCGCCGGAAAAAGAGCACGGGGACCACUCGGCCUGAUGGCCCCAGCACGGCAGCAGAAGAACCCGAUGAGCCAUUUGAGUUCAUUAUCGUGUCCCUGACGGGCCAGACGUGGCUCUUCGAGGCUUCAACAUCAGAGGAGCGAGAGCUUUGGGUCCAGGCCAUCGAGAGCCAGAUCCUGGCCAGCCUGCAGGGCUGCGAGAGCAGCAAAAAUAAGGCUCGGCUGGGCAGCCAGAGCGAUGCGCAGGCCAGGCAGGCCGUCCGCACCGCACGUGGGAACACCUUCUGCGUGGACUGCGAUGCACCAAAUCCAGACUGGGCAAGUCUCAACCUGGGCUCCCUCAUGUGCAUUGAGUGCUCCGGGAUCCAUCGCAACCUGGGCACCCACCUGUCCCGUGUGCGCUCCUUGGACCUGGACGACUGGCCUAGCGAGCUUCUCAUGGUCAUGACAGCCAUCGGCAACGCCCUGGCCAACGCUGUGUGGGAAGGAGCGGUGGAAGGCUACCCCAAGCCCACCCCUGAGAGCAGUCGGGAGGAGAAGGAGCGCUGGAUCCGGGCCAAGUAUGAGCAGAAGCUCUUCCUGGCUCCACUGCCCGCGUCGGACAUCCCGCUGGGGCAGCAGCUGCUGGGGGCUGGGGUGGAGGAUGACCUGCGCCUCGUGGUGACGCUCCUGGCCCAUGGCACCAAGGAGGAAGUGAAUGAGACUUAUGGGGACGGAGAUGGGCGCACAGCACUGCAUCUCUCCUGCGCCAUGGCCAACGUGGUCUUCACGCAGCUGCUCAUCUGGUACGGGGUGGACGUGAAGAGCCGGGACGCUCGGGGCCUGACCCCGCUGGCCUACGCCCGGCGAGCCGGCAGCCAGGAGUGCAUCGACCUCCUGCUGCAGCACGGAUGCCCCAGCGACAGUGCCGUCACCACGCUGACCCCCAGCCUGCCCCGCCGCAACACCAACGCCAACAACAACGCCUGCACCGUGCGAGUCUAG